AUCGGCUUAAAAGGCUUUGCAAGGUACUCACCCGUGAGCGCAUACCGGUCGUCUUUUCCCGUUUGAGAGGCGACCGCGAUGAACGGCGACAAGAAGGCGGCCGUGGACGCUGCGGGGACCGUGGCAGGCUAUCGGCCAUUCCGCCUGGAGCGCUGGUUUGCAAAGUAUGAGUUUGAUCCCAAGAUCAAGCACUUGCUCUGCUGCAGGUCCGGUCGGCAACCAAAACACGACACAUGACAUGCAUACGACGCAGGGAGAUCAGCCAGCCCUCCAUUGUGUGUGUUGGCUGCAGCGAUGCCGAGGCCCUUACGCUCAAGGAGGUCAGCAUCAAGAGAGACCCUUUGUCGUACAUACAGACAGACGCUCCUGCAGUGCAAACCAAGGACGGUCGUUUCGUGUGUGUGUCGUGUGUAGCUGUUGUCGCUGGCUGACGAUGCCACUCGCCAGCAGUGGGAUGAGCUCAAGCUGACCUACACCGAAAGCCAAGGGGAUCCUGCUCUGCGUUAUGAGAUAUCGACCCUGUACCCACACACGACAACCGACGACAUCGUGACUGCAGUCCCCGAAGUAAUGAGCAUCAUCGCUGGACUGCACGCGCACGUGACAUUUCGGUGUCUGACAUUUGGUUGCUGAUCAGGAGGCGAUUCUGAUGGCCUUCUGGGCGCUGCUUGAGGACGGCGGACGUGUGGUGGUGAUGGCGCCACACUACCAAUCCCUGUCGGAGACCGCCAUGGCGCGGGGCUGUCAGGUGGAUUUCUGGACGGGCCGGGAGCGGGAGGGGGAGUGGAUCUUCGAUGUGGAUGAGCUGGAACAGAUCGUCAAGUGAGCCGAGCCCCCUGGCACGGCACGGCAGGCACGUGUGGGCUAUUAUGUAUAUGCAAGUGUAUGUAUGUAUGCCCUUCUCCUUCAUUGUGGGCAUGGCCUGGCUAAAUUGACUGACUGACUGACUGCAGCUCAGGCCCCAAGCCGACUGUGUUGGUCGUCAAUUUCCCCCACAAUCCCAGCGGCUUCGUGCCGUCACCUGCAGGUACAGGCAGGACACACACGGCAUCCCAUCCAGGCAGGCAGGCAACACACAGAAGGGCACAUGCGUCAAGUGAAGGAGAGUCCCCUCGUGUGUGUGAUGGAUGGCAUGCAUCUGAUUUAUCAAUCAGAGUGGGAGCGCAUCAUCUCCCUCUGCCAGAGCCAUGAGAUGUACCUGUUCUCUGAUGAGAUGUACUGGGAGCUCUUCCACACCACGCCCCCGCUCACGUCAGCGGUGUCGCUAUACGACAAGGCCAUCACCCUCAGCGGCAUGAGCAAGAGCUACGCACUCCCCGGCCUCCGGCUGGGAUGGCUGGCGUGCCGCGACAAGGAAUUCAUGGCGAAGGUGCUGACCUUGAAGGACUUCACCACGAUUUGCGGCCCGGGACCCUCGGAGGUAAUGAGCAAUAGAGGCAGACAGGGAGGACGACAGAGAGGCCCGUCCAGUAGUGAUGGGUGUGGGGUGCAUUGUCGAUGUAUGUUGUUUACCAACCAGGUGUUGGCUCUGAUUGCGUUGCGCAAUCGCGAGAGGAUCCUGCAGCGCACCCGUGCUAUCAUCUCGGCCAACGUCAGGGCGCUCAGGGCGUUCUGUGCCGCCCACACCUCCGUCUUCGACUUCCGUCAGCCAAGGGGGGGACUCAUCACAUUCAUUCCCCUCAAAGGUCCCCACGCCAUCACACAUAUCCACUCCACGUGCACCCACAGCGACAAGGAAACCUGUUCCCCACCUACUCAUGGCUCAUUGAUGCAGGUGCUGCAGCGUCGAAGGGCGCCGGUGCGUUUUCAGAGGAGCUGGUUCGCGAGGCGGGCAUCCUGCUGCUGCCGUCGGAUGAGAUGGAGAUGGGCGAGACCACCGGCUGCCACUUCCGCUUCGGCCUGGGCCGUGUCAACUUCCUUGAGGGGCUGCGGGCACUCCACCGAUAUCUCAGCUCUGGGGAGGGGGCCACAGAGAGCUGGUGAGUGUGCCGUGUCUUGAGUUGACAAUGUAUUGUUAAUGGCGUCUGUGUGGUGUGUUGUGUGUUUGUGUUGUUCAGGUUGACUGAGGACAUGAUCCUCCGGCCCUCGUCGCUGUCACUGGGAGUGGAUUUGGACGGACGAGUACAUGAAGGACCUGCUGAAGAGCCACGGACUGGAAAAGGACGAACCCAAGGUACACACCAGAAUGACACGGCCAGGAAGGCAACAGUGGCGGCAGCAGCCAUCCACGCCAUCCAUCCAUCUGUAAUGUCCUUUGUCACAUCUUUUGCAGGCUUCCCAGUGAGUGGUACGGAGCCCGGUGCGCACACCUGAGCAAGGCUUAGGCAUUUGAUGGUGCGUGUGCUUUGGUCAAGAGUGGGUGACCCUCUGUGUUUGUCAUGUCACGUGUGGCCACGCACUGUUUCAUGGACUCUGCAAUGAUGUCGCCUCGUCAUGGCACCCUGACAAAUCGUUGA